AAAUUCCGGGCUUUUUACUUUGUUUGAAUUUUUGACCGUACAGACUCCUAUUGAACUCAUCUGAAUGCGUAAUAAAAUAGAAAAGAAAUGGAUUUUUAUUUAUUUUAUAACAAGACAUUUUUAAUUUAAUAAACUAACUUCUGUUGUAAAGACAAGUGACCUAAAAAAAAUUUUAAUUUAAAUCGAGAAUUAAAAUUUUAUUGAAACUGUAAAUGCAAUAAUGGGAUGUUUCCAUAGUAAAGAUGGAAAAAGGGCUAUUGAACGUUCGAAGCAAAUUGACCUCCAACUGAAAAAUGAACAGGAGGAUUCUGUGAGACAAGUCAAGCUGCUUCUUCUCGGUGCUGGUGAAUCUGGCAAGAGCACAUUUGUAAAACAAAUAAAAAUAAUUCAUGAAAAUGGGUACACAGAAGAAGAAUGCUUGUCAUAUCAAGCAGUCGUGCAUAACAACACAAUACAGAGUUUGGUUGCCAUCAUACAGGCCAUGGGCAGUUUGAAAAUUGACUUUAGUAACCAAGAAAGAAUGCAAGAUGCAAGAGAUUUCUAUGCAAUGGUGAGCAGUAUGAACGAUGUCAUCCUGACUUAUGAACUGGGACAAAUCAUGAAAAGAUUAUGGAAAGAUGGAGGAGUUCAGAAUUGCUUCAAAAGAUCUAGAGAGUAUCAGCUAAACGAUUCUGCUGAAUACUUUCUUGGUGCUCUUGAUCGCAUAUCUCAGCCUAACUAUAGACCAACCAUACAAGAUGUUCUGAGAACUAGAGUUAAAACCACAGGCAUCGUUGAAACACAUUUUAAUUUAAGAGGACUUUCUUUCAAAAUGGUUGACAUCGGAGGUCAGAGGUCAGAACGAAAAAAGUGGAUUCAUUGCUUUGAAGGGGUCACUGCCAUCAUCUUCCUGGUCGCCCUCAACGAAUACGACCUCAUGCUGGCAGAAGACCAGGAAAUGAACCGCAUGACUGAAAGCAUGAAGUUGUUUGAUUCCAUAUGCAACAACAAAUGGUUCAGCAACACUUCCAUCAUUUUGUUCCUCAAUAAAAAAGACCUGUUUGAUAUUAAAAUCAAGACAUCUCCGCUGGCCCUCUGCUUUCCAGAAUACAAAGGCAGGAACACGCCCCAGGAAGCAGGCGCCUACAUACAGAAAAAAUUUGAAGAUUUGAACAAAAGGCGGGACAUAAAAGAGGUCUACACGCACUUCACUUGUGCCACCGACACGUCGAACGUUCAGUUCGUUUUCCAAGCCGUCACGGAUAUCAUCAUCAAGAACAAUUUACGAGAUUGCGGUCUUUUUUAA